AUGGAAGAAUUGCUAGCGAGGCAUCGUGCCGAGCGGAAGGAUCUGCAGAGCAAAAUCACAUCGAAGAAAAAGAAUGCCACCAAGAAAACCCGGAAGGGCGUCAAUGAUGAAUGCGAGAAUCUCGAACGAGAAUUGAAAGAACGGCAGCAAGCCGAGAUGAAUGAAGUGGAAGGCACGAGUCUUGCGGAUGAUACGAGCGCUCUUGAUCUAAAUGGCAGUCAGGACCCGGAGGAAGCCUCAGAUGGGGGUACAAAAGCUGCCAAGCAUGACCAGUUAGAGAAGCCACCGAAGCAAGUCUCUUUCGACAGCAACACUAAGUCCGAUCCAUCAUCCACGCUUGCAGAGCAGGCUCUUCCUCCUGAAACCAAGAAACCAUCCCGCCAAAAAGCCCGCCUCGCCCGUCGCGCUGCCGAACAGGCUGCUCUGGCCAGCGAAGCCGCCGAGGAAGCCGCUAACCUCCCUGACCAACGCGCACAGGAGCUCGCCGCUAUGAGGGGCCAGCAGUCCAAGCUUGGACUCUUAGAGACUUUCAUCCAGCCGGACGGACAUUGCCUGUACUCAGCUAUCGCUCACGGUUUACCACCUGCCACAUCUGCAACAGCGGAAUCGAAAAAGGAAGGCUAUCACGAUGUCCGGGUCAAGACGAGCAAGUUCAUCGAGGAGCACUCCGACGAUUUCGCGGCGUUCCUGGAAGAGCCACUGGUUGUGUAUGUUCGGAAAAUUCGGGACACGGCGGAGUGGGGUGGGCAGGUCGAGUUGCAGGCAAUUGCACGGGCGUAUGAGAUCACGGUCAAGGUGCUGCAGGCGGAUGGACGGGUUGAGACGUUCGAAUCGGGCACUGGUGGCGGAGCAGACUCGGCGGCAGAGGUGUGGUUGGCUUACUACAAGCACAGCUUUGGGUUGGGCGAGCACUACAAUGCACUCAAGAAGGCAUGA